CAUUAAUCAGCCCUGGAAUUUUUAAAUUCUUUUAACUACCUUUAUUUCAAUUUAUUUAAUUUUACCCCCUUGAUAUGCUGAAAUCAGCGGGGUGUCAAUAUAGAGUCCCGGAUCUUAGUACGAGGUAGGUGUCUGCGGUGGUUUCCUCCGGCGUUGUAAUUCUCCAGCCCGGUCAGUCCAGUCCUGUGACUCCUGUCUCACUUUCCCGUCUCGCAAUCACCAACGCCAACCAUACCAUACCAUACCACAACCUCACCUAACCCACGCCUCCGAUUUAUGCCACGACCCCACAAACACAGCUGUUAUAUCGUUCAGCAAUCCAAGCACCCGUCUACUGAACUCUAAUUUGCACAGGCGGCAUUUGCGCAUUUGAAAUCCCAACCCCGCGAUCCCUAGGUCGGCGACAAAACCACACCCGAUAUAUUUAUCAGCCAUAUAGCAGAGGAAAUAGGAAACCUCCGCAAAUUCAUUUGGAAAAAAAAAAAAAAAAAAAACUCCCUGCUCUCCACUUUUUGAGCCAUGUAGCUAUCCACAACCAUGGUGCUCUCCCUGGCCCUCCCAAGUUUUUAUUCGCGAAGACCUCCCCAGAGCAAGAGCACCGCUUCCAGAUCAACCGAAUCCGGCAGCAUCGCAUCCUCUGCAGAUGAACCCCUCGCCUCUGAAAGUAACCUUUCCUCUAUUUCGAAAUCCAUAGCUUCUCCAUCAACGACGCCCCACGAAGCACCUACGCAAAUAACAGCAUCAUCAUCACCGCCUGCUGCCGCAGCAGCCGGCCCAUCGACAAUCGCCGAAGCCCUGCGCGGGAACCCAUUCGGCAUAGUUUCGCGAACAAAAGUACCCAGCGAUGUCGCGGCUAGCGAAAAGAUCAAAGAGGAGGAAGAGCGUGAACGAGAGCGUGAUCGUCGCGAACUCAACGAUGCGCUGGCGACGUUAACGCAGCUGUUUCCGGACGUAAAGAUUGAGGUCUUCCGCGAAUUGCUGGUUAGAUUUGAUGGUAAGAGUAGACUGCAUGUCUGCGUGGAGCAGCUGUUGAGAUAUAGAGCUGAAUGGGUUAAGGGGAGGUGGAAUGUGCCGGAACCGGAUGCCAAAUCUGAUAAUGGUGGUGUUGUCGGGGGUCCUGGCCGUGGUGCCGUUGCCGUAGAUGGGGAUGGGCAUGCGCAGGGAAGAAGGGGGAGAUGGAUACCACACGAAGAGCUGUUUCAGAGCAAGGAGUAUAAGGUUGCGGUCAAAUCGACGCUGUCUCUGGAAUUCCGAGCUUUGAGCAGAAGUGCCAUCGACGCGGUGCUGGCGGAGGUUAAUUUCUCGUAUACCCGUGCACGCCCGACGCUGCGGGAGUUAUCCCGCAAGAGCUGGCGGGCGACAUUUGGGAGUAUAUUUCCGUUCAAAAGGAAGAAGGAUAAAGAUGAUCAUCCACUCUUGGUUUGGCAGAAAUUGCCCGAUGGGGAGCUUGUGCCCCGGCUAAAAGAAACUGGGUGCUUGGAACUUGAUAGGGAACUACAUGAUGCCUUUCUGGCUCCAUUACUGGCUCGGAGAAAGGAAGAGCAGGAAGCUAUGGGGCUGAAACUCGCAGAAGAGCUUAAUCAAUCAGAGGCAGAAGCUGCAAAGGCGCUUUACGAAUGUGAUUGUUGUUUGUCAGACGUUACAUUCGAGCAGAUAUCUACUUGCUCGACCAGCUCGCAUAUCAUCUGUUUCUACUGCAUCCAGCGGACUAUCCAUGAAGCUCUGUUUGGCCAAGGCUGGGCCGUAUCCAUUGAUCAUGAAAGGUCCACGCUACGAUGCCUAGCACCUAUAGCGGAGGGCACGUGCGAGGGCUCUCUGGACCCGAUGAUUGUGAAACGGGCGAUUCUAAUCGAAAAGGCCGGGGCGGAAACAUACCAAAAGUUCGAAGAUCGCCUAACUUCGGAAUGCCUUUUGAAAUCGCAGCUAAAACUGAUCCGUUGCCCGUUAUGUUCGUAUGCGGAAGUAGAUCCCGUCUACCAUCCAACAGCUAAAGGGCUUUCCUGGCGGUUCCGGCGUGGAAGGCUCCUUCCGACGAUACUUACGACAAUAUUUGUUCUCGAUUUGAUACCUCUUCUCAUUUUACCUGUUUUAUUUUCUCUCCUAUUCUACCCAUCAAUGAUAUCCAAUAUCCUCUCUGCCUCGCUGCGGAACGUCUGCCUCAAAACCCGCCCGCAACGGUUUACUUGCUCAAACCCUUCCUGCCGCUCUGAUAGCUGUAUUACGUGCCACAAGCCAUGGCAAGAUCCUCACCACUGUCAUGAGCCUCUACUUCAAUCACUCCGAACAACCGUCGAAGCGGCCCGCACAGCAGCAAUCAAACGAACCUGCCCACGUUGCGGCCUCUCCUUUGUCAAGUCGUCCGGUUGCAAUAAACUAACCUGUGUAUGCGGGUACUCCAUGUGCUAUAUAUGCCGCAAAGCUUUGGGUCCACCACAUAGAGCGGCUGGCGCCAACAAUAUCCUAGCUCUCCGCCAACCACAGCAACGAGCACGACCGCCAAACCGGCGACCACGCCAUGAUUUAAGUCAAAACAAUAUAGAAAACGCGCCCACGGGCGACUAUGACCUAGACGGGAAUUUAAUAAUGAAUAUACCAGAAGACGAUGACUACUACUCAGACGAUGGCACCAAUAAUACCUACAAUAACAACAACGCCACCCCAGCGGAAGAUGAGGAGCCAGAGGGCUACAAACACUUCUGUGAACAUUUCCGCGCCAACCCUGGCUCCCGCUGUACCGAAUGUAACAAAUGCGACCUUUAUCUCGCCGAGGACGAAGAAGCCGUCGCACGGCGCGCAGGCGAAAGGGCCGAGUGCCAAUGGCGUAUUCGGCAAGGGCUACUUAAUUCCUCAUCCUCGUCAUCCCCCGGCGCCACGUUACCCAGUGAUGCGCUUGCGAAACUUUACGAUAUGCCUACUGGCGGUGAUAAGGGUAUGCGACACUACGGUGGCUAUAGAGGCCCUGCUGCUGGGCCAUGGGAUUGGAAUUGGCAGCUUGACGGGACGGAUUGGAGGAGGCGAUGGAGGUUUUGGGGGCGUGAAAUUUGGCGGGAUGGGCGGUGGAAGGGGGAGGGACAGCGAUUAGUUGAUACACUGGUGGAGAAGAUAGUUGUUGUUGACUUCUAGAGAGAGUGUUUUCUGUUCUUCUAUUCGUCCUGUGUUUUCUUCUCCCUUUUGUUCUUCUUUACUCCUUUUUUAAUGAUGCCUCAUAUUAGCGUACGACUUUUCUGCGUCUUCUUCUCUCCAUCAUCUCUCUCUCUCUCUCUCUUUUGUUUUUUUUU